UAGAGAGCUUUGGAAUAGGAGGGAACUUGAUUGUGUUGUGUGUAUAUUCGUGUUGUCAAGUUGCAAUUGUGAAUUGAGCAGUUUAAGUGUUGUAUCGACAUGGGAGAUGCAAAAGGCCCAUAUUUGAAUUUAAGUGACAAUGAAACGGAGAAGUUCAUUCAAUUUUAUACUUCUUUACCUGAGAAACCAUCAAGUACAAUACAAUUUUUUGAUAGAAAUGGAUUGUAUGUGCUACAUGGAAAGGAUGCUGUAUUUGCUGCAAAAGAGAUCUACAAGUCAGAUGUGAGAUACCUACAAUCAGAUGGAGGUAAACUCGAGUAUACCUGUUUGAAGAAGGCGGCAUUUGAUCGCUUUGUGAAACAUUUGUUGAUUGAAAGACAGUAUCGUGUAGAAGUUUUUACUUGUUCUGGUGAUGACGACUCUACGUGGACAGCAACAUACAAGGGUUCCCCUGGGAAUCUGUAUCAGUUUGAGAAGAUUUUGUUCAAUACAGACAUUAUGCUCAGCUCUUCUGUGGUAGCAAUACGAGCAGCCAGUGGUACAAAGUCCAAGGUUAUUGGUCUUGCAUAUGUAGAUGUUGGGGAACGCAGAAUGUCUGUCACCGAAUUUCCAGAUGAUGAAUACUUCUCUAAUUUGGAGACAUUAAUAGUGCAGUUAGGUCCCAAGGAGUGUAUUGUACCACCAUCAGAUACAGAGUUGAAAGGGGCACUGCAGAUAUUUGAAAGAAUGGGUAUAUUGGUUACAAAUCGUAAAAAAACAGAAUUCACAUCAGAUGGCCUGGUCCAUGAGCUGAACUCGCUGCUUAAUUUCGAGGGAACCCACAUCAAAGAUGCUAUUCAGCUGCGAGAAAUGGAACUGUCGGUUGCUAUAACAUGUCUAGGUGCACUUGUCAAAUAUCUUGAGCUGAUGACAACACCUGGUGCUGGACAGUUUUUACUGGAUACUCUUGAUCUGAAACGUUACAUGAAACUUGAUGCAGCAGCUGUGCAGGCGUUAAGCAUCCUAGCUACACCAGACUCUAAUGGAAUGUGUCUGUUCUCAUUACUAAACCGCUGCCGUACACCCCAGGGUCAAAGAUUACUGUCACAAUGGUUGAAGCAACCUUUGCGUGAUAUUAACCUAAUAAAUGAAAGACUUGAUGUUGUCGAGGUGCUUGUCAACUCACCUGAAAUAAGGAGGUCCUUGUUGGAUGAAAAUCUGCGCAGAAUCCCAGAUUUCCAGGUCCUAGCAAAACGCCUGCAUCAGCAGAAAGCAACCUUGCAAGAUUGUUACAAGAUUUAUCAGGCGUUAAUAAAAUUGCCAGGCUUGUUACAUCGACUGCAGUCAGUUAACCACCCUGUUGUCAGAACAAUGCUGGUACAGCCACUGAAGAGAUAUAUUUUUGACAUGGAAAAAUUUAAAGGUUUGAUUGAAUACACGGUAGACUUAGAAUCUGCAGAUAAGGGAGAAUUUUAUGUGAAGCCAUCCACAGAUAAAGUGUUGCAAGAAUUAAGACAAGAUAUGGAUGAGAAGGAAGAAAUGAUAAACAGAGAAAUGAAAAAGGUUGCUGCUGAUCUCAAUCUAGUAGUACAGAAGAGCAUCAAACUAGAUUUCAAUGCUAAUUCUGGAUACAGUUUUAGAGUGACACUGAAGGAGGAGAAAUGUCUUAGAAACAAGUCUAGAUAUGUUACGAUAUCUACUUCAAAAAGUGGAGUGCUUUUUAUCACUAAUCCGAUGGUGUCAAUAAAUCAAGACUUCUUAGAACUCCGACGACAGUAUGAAGAGAAACAAGAGGAAAGUGUGAAAGCAAUUAUAAAUGUAGCAGGUGCUUACUAUGAUGUGGUUUAUGGGUUGAAUGCUGUGCUUGCUCGGCUAGAUGUUCUAGCCAGUUUUGCAGAAGUAUCUGCUACUGCUUCAAGGCAGUAUGUCCGCCCCAUUCUUCAUGAGUCAAAUGUUGGCAUAUUGAAGUUGGAGGAAGUUAGACACCCAUGCGUGGAAAUUUGUGAUGGACUUUCAUAUGUUCCAAAUGAUGUUGAGUUUAUCAAAGAUGAGAAGACCUUUUAUGUCAUUACUGGACCUAAUAUGGGUGGAAAAAGCACAUAUGCACGCUCUGUUGGUAUCUGUGUUUUCAUGGCUCAAAUUGGAUGCUUUGUACCAUGCAGCAAGGCUGAAAUAUCAGUUGUGGAUGAAAUAUUUGCAAGAGUUGGUGCAAGCGACGAUCUGAGUAAAGGAAUGUCAACAUUUAUGAAGGAGAUGAUGGAAACAUCGAGCAUCAUUAGAAGUGCCACUAGAAAAUCUCUUGUUCUCAUUGAUGAACUUGGAAGGGGUACAUCUACUUAUGAAGGUUGUGGCAUCGCAUGGGCAAUUUCAAAGCACUUAGCAGAGAAAACAAGGUGUUUCACAUUAUUUGCUACUCAUUUUGAUGAAAUAACUGAGCUGGCAAAUGAGCUACCAAAUGUUCACAAUCUACAUGCAACUGCAAUGAUUGUGGAUGGUAAACUUACAAUGCUAUACAAAAUUGAGCCAGGAUUUUGCAACAGGAGCUUUGGAGUUGAAGUUGCUAAGGUUGCCAAAUUACCAGAUGAUGUGAUAGAGGAUGCCACUGCUAGGCUCAAGAGUUAUGAGAAUGAAUAUCUAUACAGAGGUGAUAUUAAUGAAAAGGAGAGCAUUGUUUCUUUUGAAAAGCUAAUGGAACACCCAGAUGUGUUGGAGAAACUUCUGAACAAAUUGAAAACUAUUGCAAAAGAAGAUCUGUCGCCAAAUGCGAAAUUUCGGAAGGUCAUAGAAGAAAGGGAAAGGGCUGUGUCUUUAUUAUAUGAUUUUGAAUGAAUUUAACACAUUUUUUGUCUUUGAAAGUUCCUGUAGAUAAGUACCUGACUCCUAUAAAAUGUGUUACGAAGCUGUAAUAUAAGUGGAAAGGCACCAGCCUGCUCUAACAAACUGAAGCUGCAACACAGUUUACAAUGCUUACAAGCAGUUAUGGCACUUCAUUCAACAAGGCACCACUGUGGUCCAUUCUUAGACAGCUGUGAUUGCAUUUCAUCAAGACAUGCAGUUUUUUAACACAAUUUAAAUUAAAGUUUUUCAUUUAACUGCUUUGACAAAAUUUUGAUCAGAGAUGGAAAUCUUCUGGCCUGUUGUGAUAAUUUUUAUUGCAUGAUUUGUGACGAGAUUAUUAGUAUUAGGUUCAGGUAUACAAUAUAGAAACAAAUGCAAGAAAAGGUUACAAAAUAAUUAUUGUGUUAUGCAUCAGACCAUAAGAUGCUCAAUACUGAAAAAUCACAAGAAUUGAAUUGUACUGAAUCACAAGUGUCACGUAAUGGUGUAAGAUAUGUGAGGUCAUGCAAGGCAGAGAGAGAGAGAGAGAGAGAGAGAGAGAGAGAGAGAGAGAGAGAGUGAGUCUUUACCCUUAUUUAUGUUUAAUUUUUCCAUUUUUGUUCCGUACUUUUUUAAAUAUUGAUUUUAAGUGUUUAAUCUUCCCAUUUUUGUCCCUUCCUUUUUUUAAAUAUUGACUUUUAAGACUGAAAUAAAAUGAGGCUGUACCGUUUUGUAGUCACUCUAUAGUUCAGCAUUAAUCGUUGAAAUGUGUGUUUUGUAUGUACAUCACAUGUUGUUUAGGCCUGUGUUUGUAAUUUUCAGCCAACCUACCUCUCCGUUACUCAUUGCUGUUAAUUGUGUCUUUUUACAUCAGCCAUUCAUCCACACAUUACAUUCAAGCUCUUUGUGAAGGCAGUUUCUAAUGAUAUUGACAGUAUUGUUUUAUGUUCUGCUUUUAUUUGCCAGAAUGUCAUCUUAUAAUUUGAUUUAAUUGUGUAACAUAGUGCACUUGAACAUUUACAUUAAUAAUUUUUGUAUUUAAUUACUAAAAAUAAACUCUUUUCAUACGUU